AUGGAAAACAAAACGAUAAAUAAUUCAGAGUUUAGAAAAGUUCCGGCCAUUGAAAUUUCAGAGUCGCCGGGACCGACGGGUAACCAUGUGGAAAAAAGGAAUGAAUGGAAAAGAUUUAAUAAAUCAAGGCAAAGGCGAUCGAGGAGUAUUGGAGGACUUUAUGUUGAUGAUUCAGCUAGUGAAGGUGGUUCUACUGACGAUGAUCGACUUGUUUCUCCUAGUAUAUUAAGAAAGACUAACGUGAAGAAAGAAGGCUUUGAUGAUUUUGUAAAGAGACGGCGUAAUUUGUUAGAAAGGCAGCGUUCCACUGUUUCAUUAUACACUUCGCCUGUUCUUGUGAUAACUUACUUCUUGGCGUAUUUGAUUCAGCAAGUCAAAUCAGCUGUGGAAUAUGCACAAUUAAGAAAAUGGGUUAUAACAUCCAUACCUUUAUUAGGAAUCUUGAUUCAAUUUGCAUUAUUGAUAGAUGGAGAACAUCAAAAUGUGAUAUAUCAAGUUCAAUCUUAUAUCUUUUGGUAUUGUUACUGGAUUGGUUUGGGAAUCGCUUCUUCAAUAGGCCUUGGCACUGGUCUACACACAUUUGUAUUGUUUUUAGGCCCUCAUAUUGCAGAAGUAACUUGGGCUGCUUAUAAGUGUGGGAACCUGGAUUUUGAAACUUUUGGUCCUCAUAGAUUUCGAUGCAUGCCUUCCGUACCAACCUCUUUUGCAGUAUCAUUAUGGAGCAUAUUUCAUAAAGUUCAAUGGGAAUCUUUUCUUUGGGGAUUUGGUACCGCACUGGGUGAAUUACCGCCAUACUUCGUAGCAAGAGCAGCUGCUUUAUCAGGUAGUCGUAGUGAUGAAUUAGAGCAGAUUGACACUUUAAUGGCUCAAAAUCCUGAUAGUAUAUCACAUAAGGAAAAAGUUCUUAUAUGGGUUCAUCGGAUUAUGCAAAGAUUGGGAUUUUUUGGAAUAUUUAUCUUCGCUUCAAUUCCAAAUCCUUUAUUCGAUCUUGCAGGCAUAAUUUGUGGGCAAUUUUUGGUCCCAUUUUCAACAUUUUUUGGGGCAACAUUCUUAGGAAAAGCCGUAGUAAAAUCUUCUAUUCAGACUAUUUUUGUAAUUUUAUUAUUUUCUCAAGAUAUGAUUAACACUAUCUUAGACCUUACACAAAAUUACUUACCAACUAUACAUGACAAACUCGAAAGUGUCGUUCAGAAGCAAACUAAAAUACUAAGACGUGAAGAGGGUGAAGUUGCUCCUGAAAUUAGUCCGGGUAGUCCAAGUUAUAUAUCUAUCGCCUGGAAUGUACUUUUUAAUAUAAUGUUGGCGUAUUUUGCAUUAACAGUAAUUGAAACCUUGGCUAUUGCGCAUCUUAAACGAGUUCAUGAUCAAGAAAUCGAAGACUUGGAAAGGAAGGCAAAAGAAAAGGCAGGAAAUGAUGUAGAAGUAGAAUCUCCCAUGUCGAGAAGCGUCAUUGAAGGAGAUCUUAAACGAGAUAAAGAUUUGGGUAGAGGUUAUUCAAGUAGUUAA